AUGUCGUCCGCUUCUUCUUUUGUUUCAGGCCCCCGAACGCCGCCCUUAUUCGAGGAGCCUCUGGGAGAACUCGUGCAUCGACAGGCUGCUCGAUAUGGAGACCACCCGGCAGCCACCUUCUCCUGGCAACGUCACACGCUCUCAUACAACGAUCUCGCAAGUCGAAGUGAAGCAAUUGCAAAGUCGAUGUUGGCCAGAGGGUUGAGGCAUGGAGAUAAUAUUGCAAUCAUGGCCGGGAAUUGCUAUCAGUACCUCGAAACGUUCAUUGCUGCUGCCCGGAUAGGCUGCCCGUUCGUCGUCCUAAAUAACACUUAUACCCCGAAAGAGCUGGUCUCUGCGCUGAGCGUAACCUGCAAGUUUCCCUACUUUCGUCUCCACGAAUCUCGUCUGAUUAGAAUUACAGCAUGCAAACUUCUCUUUAUCGCUGCAAAAAUCCGACUGAAAGACCUGUCUACGCACAUUGAAGCGGUGGCCAAGGAUCUGAGCAGUCUGCCCUGUGUUUCCCUGGCAGCAGAUGACAACGCAACGCACAAGUCAUUGGGGUUGUGCACCUAUUCGUCUUUCGUGUCUGAGGGAAGGAACAUCGACCAGGCAACACUAAAGCGAGCAGAGAGCCGUGUUAGGUGUGAAGAUGUUGUUAACCUCCAAUUUACUUCCGGAACCACUGGCGCUCCGAAAGCAGCCAUGCUGACUCACAGGAAUCUAAUCAACAAUGGCCGCUAUAUCGGAAUGAUCAUGCACUUGAACUCCUCUGACAUCAUAUGUUGUCCACCUCCCCUGUUCCACUGCUUCGGUCUUGUGAUAGGCUUCCUGUCGUCAUUCACCCAUGGCAGCAGAAUUGUGUUCCCCUGCGAUCAAUUCGAUGCUGACUCGGUCCUCGACGCAUUGGAAGAAGAGAAAUGUACUGCGCUCCUCGGCGUGCCGACUAUGUUCAUUGCAGAAAUUGAAGCCAACAAAGCCAAAAAGUACAAAAUCUCGUCCGUCAAGACGGGGCUCGUUGCAGGGGCAUCGGUUCCGCCAGCAUUGGUGAAGCAAUUAGACCAGGAGUUCGGCAUCAAAGGAAUGCUUAUCCCGUAUGGAAUGACCGAGACCAGUCCAGUGACGUUCAUGACUUCGUUUGACGACACGGAAGAAAAAAGAACCAAGACCGUUGGGAGAGUGCUACCACAUACGAUGGCUAAGAUUGUCGACCGCGCUGGGAACAUAGUCCCACGCGGAGUGCGAGGAGAGCUCUGCGUAAGCGGAUAUUCUGUGCAGAAAGGAUACUACAAGAAUCCAGCAAAGACGGAUGAAGCAAUGAAGAGGGAUGAAAAUGGUAUACUGUGGAUGUAUACUGGUGAUGAAUGUGUCAUUGACGAAGAUGGUUACUGCUCUGUGACUGGACGGAUCAAGGAUAUUAUUAUUCGCGGUGGUGAAAACAUCUUCCCUGUCGAGAUUGAAAAUUGCCUGGCCGAGCAUCCCUCCAUCGCCGAGGCCAGCUGCGUUGCCAUCAAAGACGCCAGGUAUGGCGAAGUUGUUGGUGCGUUUCUCCGUGCGCAAGCACGACCUGGCUGCCUCGACCUCGACCUCAAGGACGAGGGAAACAGAACGCGGCUCAUGAGGCCGAGCUGGAAUGAAGUCAACAAUUGGGUGCGCAAGUCGCUGGGCAGCCACAAAGCGCCGAGGUAUGUUUUCUGGAUCGGCGAUGACGGCGUAGGCAACGAGUUUCCCAAGACCGGCAGUGGGAAGAUCAUGAAGCAUAUCCUUCGUGACGUCGGGGAGAGGCUGGUGCAGAUGGGUAGAGGGACGGAAGAGAAGGGAGGGGCAGUGAGAGCCAGGCUGUGA